AUGACGGCCCACCUGGACACAGGCGCCUCCCGGCCGACCACCGUGCCUGAGCUGCUGCGGCGCGUGUGGCCACUUCUCCUGGGCAACGUCUUGGAGUGGUAUGAGUUCGGCAUCUAUAGCUUCUUGGCCGUUUACCUGGAGCAGAUCUUCUUCCACUCCUCUUCGGUCUCGACCUGGGCUGGCUAUGCGGUCACCUUUGUACUUCGGCCGGUGGGUGGCCUGCUGAAUGGUUGGAUGGCGGACAAAUGUGGGAGGCGCAACGCGGUGCUCCUGUCCAUGGUGGGCAUGCUGCUGGCCACGGUCGGCCAGGGAUUGCUUCCCACGGAGGACUGCUGUGGUUCCACCUGGGGUACGGUGGGGCUGGUGCUUAUGCUCUUGCUGCGGGCAUUGCAGGGGCUCUCCGCAGGCGGCGAGCUGGGGCCCAUCGUAUCUUACUUCGCGGAGUCCGCCCCUCCAAGCAGGAUCCGGAGCAGCACGGGCUUCCUCCUCUCGGCGGCCGGGCUGGGCUUCCUGCUGGCGAACCUGGUGGUGGCCGCCUUGGAUCAGCUGCUGGGGCCCGAGGGCAUGAUGACAUGGGGCUGGCGGUUGCCGUUUCUCCUGUCGCUGGUGCCAGGAGCCGUCUCUCUCUGGGGCCGCUAUCGCCUCACGGAGUCCGCGGACUUCGCGGAGCACGUCGCGGAGGUGCGGACGGAGGCACUGCCGUGCAGGUCUUUGCGCCACCACGCCUUGGCACUGUUCGUCGGCUUUUUGGGAGUGACACCCACGGCAGUGAACUAUUUCUCGGGGCUUUGGUGCACGUCCUACUUGAAGUCCCGUGGCAUGGACCACACGGAAGCGCUGCUGGCGGGAUGCAUCUUCACAGGCACGGUGACGAUUUGCUGGGCUUCCCUGCCAAUGCUGAAUGACCUAUGCUGCCGCUGCGACCCCAUGUGGGUGAUGCUGGCUGGGUCCUUGGUCUUGGCAGCCGCCGGCCUGCCGGUCUUCUGGGCAAUCAGCAGCAGCCAGCAUCUUCUGCUGAUGUCGAUCGUAGCUUACGGCCUCAUCUUCGGCUGUGCGGUGGGCCUCGGCGCCUCGCAUGUCUACAUCUUCGUGGCGGACUUGUUCCCCAUCCACGUGCGGGCCCUGGGCUUCGGGGUGUCCUUCAACUUCUCCAUGGCUCUGAUCGGCGGCAGCGCCGCCCUGGCCGACGCGGCCCUGGUGGACGCGACCAGCUGGCCAGCGCCGGGCGCCUACUGGUCGCUGAUUUCCCUCGUGGGCGCGCUGGCCAUUGCGGCAGGCAAGCGCUGGCGCUCCAAAGGCCAUCUCCCAAGCCACCUUCUGGCAAUCAAGGAGCGCACGGCACUGGAAGCAGCUGACUCGAAGAGCCUCGGCAGAUAUACGUCUCGGAGCGAUUGGCAUGUGCUUUGCUCCAACAUGCUUCGCGUCAGGUUGGGCGCCUCAUACCGGGAGAUCUUUGGCCAGGCGCACUUCGCCUCCAGCCUGCACAUGCCAGGCACCACCGCGCGCCUCAACGGCUGGUUCCGGAAGCUGGCCGCCGCCGCGAGCGCCAAGAAGGUCUCGCCGCAGCUGGUGGCGACCACUCUGCAGUUGCUGGGGGCACCAGACGCCGCAGAGGCUGCAGUAGUUGAGGAGGCGCGGGCCUCGCAAAGCCCCGGCUCGGUGGCCAAAGGCACCGAUCUCGCGGACUUGGCGACGGCAAGCCCGGCAGCGGCAGACUCGAGCGCGAGAAGUCUGGAGUCGGAGGCCAACAACUUCAACCCCUUUAGCGCUGAAGUCAACUGGGGCAAUGGCUCCGACAAGGCAAAGGAGUCUGACGAGGAGUACCCCGGACCAGACGAAGGCAUCCUGGCUGCAGACGCCUCACCUCUCGCAGGCUCCCGAAGCAGGAGCUACCUGCGAAGACCAGAGCCGGCUGAGAGGCCGGAGGGCGAGAGCUUGGCCGCUCGCGCUGCCAGCGGCUUGGGCGCCGCCAUGCUGGCUGUGCUGCUUGCAGUGGCCAGCUCGCUGCCCGCCGUGCAGGCGUUUGAGGACCUGUCGCCCGCAGAGUCUCAGACCGUGGACUUGUUCCAGCAGAACACGCCUGGAGUGGUGUACAUCACCACGGAGGUGUUCCAGCUGUCCAAAAAUGCCCGGAAGAUGGAAAUCCAGGCUGUGCCCAAGGGCGAAGGCAGUGGCUGGGUCUACGACAACGAGGGGCACAUCGUUACGAACUAUCAUGUCAUCGAGAAUGCAAGCUUCGUCACCGUGAAGUUCAUCGAAGGAACUGAGGUGGUGGCGAAGGUAGUGGGCGCAGACCCCUACAGCGAUGUGGCGGUUCUGCAGGCAGACUUGCCGCCCAACCAGCUGAAAAUGAUGCAGCCCCUCACCAGAGGCAACUCAGCCUCUCUCAGAGUGGGGCAGGAAGUCUUUGCCAUUGGAAACCCGUUUGGCCUGGAUCACACUCUCACCAAGGGCAUCGUCUCUGGCGUGGGCAGGACCAUCCAGUCCACGGGUGGGCGGCCGAUCCAGGGCGCCAUCCAGACCGACGCCUCCAUCAACCCAGGGAACAGCGGUGGACCACUGCUGAACAGCCGUGGUCAGGUGGUGGGCAUGAACACCAUCAUCAUCUCCCCCAGCGGCGCGUCGGCGGGCAUCGGCUUCGCCAUCCCCAGCGAUACCGUGGCGGCGCGGGUGGAGAACAUCCUCAAGUUCGGCUAUGUGAAGAGGGCAGGCCUGGGGCUGUACCUUGGGCAGGAUGGUUUGGCCCAGCGCUUCACAGGACGACCGGGCGCCGUGGUGGCUGGCUUGCAGAGCAACAGCGCAGCCGCAGAGGGGGGCGUUAAGCCUGGCGACGUGCUGCGGGAGGUGGACGGCCGGCGCAUCCAGACCGUGAAUGACAUCUAUGCAGUGCUGGACUCACACGAGCCAGGCGACAUUGUGAAGGUGGUGCUGGUCCGGCCCGACGAGCCUCAGAACCUCGGCCCGGCAACACCGUUGCAGCCAGAGGGCACUUUGGGCUCCAAAGCCAAGCAGCAUGUCGCUGGCGGGUCGCCUGACGCGCCCAGAAAGAAGAAUAGGAAGAAGCGGCGGCAGCCGCAGCCGCAGCAGCGGGCGCCGGCAUUGAGAGACUUGGUGAUGACUGGGGAGAUCCUGCGGUCCGCGCUCCCGGACCAAGUCCAGCUGGAGGCGGUGCAGAACUGCCUGGGCCACGUGCAGAUCUUGGCGCGGCAGCUGCUGGGAGCAUCCGUGGUGGUUCAGGGCUCCUACGCCCAGGGCCUCGCUUUGAGAACCUCGGACCUGGACUUGGCGGUGAUUCCCUGCGCGAAGCGCCGGCGGGAGGAGGAAGGCGAGGUUCCAGUGGAGAAGAAGCAGGCGGUGCGGUGUUUGCAGCAGUUGGCUACGGCUUUGGCCGAGGCGGAGUUGGAGGAGAUCCGCGUCGCGCUGCGGAUCUUCACGGCCAAGGUGCCGGUGCUGCGGCUGCACUGCGGCGCCCGGAGCGAGCGGACGGUGGUGGUGGACGUGUCAGUGGGCGGCAGUUUGUUGCGGGGCGCCUGCGAUCGGGGCGUCUACGCCGUGCUGCAGAGGGACCGCCGGCGCACCGGUGCGGCGCUGUGCCGGCUGGUGAAGCUGUGGGCCAAACGCCGGAAGCUGACCAACACGCUGAGGGGUGGCCUCAGCAGCUUUUCCUUCGUGCUGCUCACGGUCUUCUUCCUGCAGCGGAAAUGCGCGCUGCCUCCAGUGUCUGCGGCGGCGGCGGCGCUGCCGGCCAAGGAAGGGGCCUGCCCCAAGCCCCUGGGGCUUCAGCUGGUGAGCUCAGAGGAUGACUUGGCUCAGCUACUGCUGGAGUUCUUCAGCUGGGCGGUGGAGGACUUGCCGCAGCUGCAGAACCAGGUGAUCUCGGUGGGCUGCGGCUCCGUGCACCCGCGGCCAAACCUUCGUGGCUUCAAGCCUUUGGUGCUGGAGGUGCCUUUCAGUGAGGCGGAGAACGCUGCCAGGUGUUUGCGCAUCGACGUUUGGGAAGGCGUGAUCCUGCGGGAGCUGCAGCGGGCCGCGCGCCUGGCGCGGCAGGUGGCGUCCCAGUCCGGGGCCCAGCGCAGCUCCGCGCUGCGGAGCCUCUUUGGCGCCGGUCACCGCGAGGGGCGCGAGGGGCGCGAGGCGGACGCCGCCGCGCCGGCGGAGCCGGCGGAGCCGGCGCCGGAGGCUGUGGAGAUCCCCAUGUCCCGCAAGCGGCGGCGGAAGGCCCGGAAGGCCCAGAUGCGCAAAGCGCCACCAGGAGAUUUGAAGAUGCCGGAGGUGGUGGCGCCGGUAGACCGUUGGCUGGGCUUGCGCUCCUUGCUGGAUCCCAGCGCCUAA